CCCCCCAAUUUCUUAAUCAUCACAACCAAAAUCUCAGUUCAACCUUCCAAAUUCUUCAACUUUCGUCAAAUCAAUUUCCCCGAAUGGCUCGCACCAAGCAGACAGCCAGAAAAUCUACCGGAGGCAAGGCUCCGAGGAAGCAACUCGCCACCAAAGCAGCCAGGAAGUCAGCUCCGGCUACCGGUGGAGUGAAGAAGCCACAUCGCUUCCGUCCUGGAACCGUCGCACUUCGUGAAAUCAGGAAGUACCAGAAGAGCACUGAGCUUUUGAUCCGGAAACUUCCGUUUCAACGUUUGGUUCGCGAAAUUGCUCAGGAUUUCAAGACCGAUCUGAGGUUUCAGAGCAGUGCCGUGGCGGCACUUCAGGAGGCCGCGGAGGCCUACUUGGUUGGUUUGUUCGAAGACACGAAUCUUUGUGCGAUUCAUGCCAAGAGAGUUACGAUUAUGCCUAAGGAUAUUCAAUUGGCUAGAAGGAUUAGAGGGGAAAGGGCUUUUGCCCGAAUGGCUCGCACCAAGCAAACCGCCAGGAAGUCUACCGGAGGCAAGGCCCCCAGAAAGCAAUUGGCCACCAAAGCUGCCAGGAAGUCAGCUCCGGCUACCGGUGGAGUGAAGAAGCCCCAUCGUUUCCGUCCUGGUACCGUCGCACUUCGUGAAAUCAGGAAGUACCAGAAGAGCACCGAGCUUCUGAUCCGAAAGCUUCCGUUUCAACGUUUGGUUCGUGAAAUUGCUCAGGAUUUCAAGACCGAUCUGAGGUUCCAGAGCAGUGCCGUCGCGGCGCUUCAGGAGGCGGCCGAAGCCUAUUUGGUUGGUCUGUUUGAGGAUACGAAUCUUUGUGCUAUUCAUGCUAAGAGGGUAACCAUUAUGCCUAAGGAUAUUCAAUUGGCAAGGAGGAUUAGAGGGGAAAGGGCUUAGAGGGUUUGGUUUGAUUAUUGUGUUUUUGGUUUUUUACUUUUUUAAGUGCUUUUUCUGUCUCUAGAUUUAGUCUAUGGUGUAAAUCUACUGUGUUUUGUGUUUUGAUAUGCUGUCCCAUGAGUAUAUGGUAGGUCACAUGUAUAUGGGACUCAACAAUCUGUUUACUAAAUGAAUUAUCUCUUUUCAUUUAUUAUCUCUAUCUAAA